AAAAAAAAAACAGUGCAUUUACUUAAAAUGUGUUGCAUUGUUUCCAUAUUUUGAAAUAAAAUCACUAACAAGAGAUCAAAAUAAUUCCAUUUGAUCUUUGUUUCAAUAUAAUUGAUAGUUUUGACCAUAUGAGCGAAGAAAGUUAAAAAUUUAUAAUUCUCUUAAUUUCAUUUCGAUUCCUCUGUGAAUUUCAUUUUAUGUGCUUUUGUUCGAGUGCUUGAUUUCUCGAAUUCAAGUGAAUAAAAUCAUGGGCAAAGGUCCAGGCCUAUACUCUGAUAUCGGCAAAAGCGCUCGAGAUCUUCUUUACAAGGAUUACAACAGCGACCAGAAGUUUACAAUCACCACCUACUCUCCUACUGGAGUUACUCUCACUUCUACGGGAACAAAGAAAGGUGAGCUAUUAUUGGCUGAUGUGAACACACAGUUGAAGAACAAAAACAUCACCACUGACAUCAAAGUCGACACUGGCUCAAAUCUCUUCACCACUGUAACAAUUGAUGAGCUUACUCUUGGAUUGAAGGCUAUAUUAAGCUUUAGAGUUCAUGAUCAAAGGUCAGGAAAGUUGGAACUUCAAUAUUUGCACGAGUAUGCAGGCCUAAGCUCAAGUGUUGGGUUGACUGCGAACCCGAUUGUGAAUCUUUCUGUUGUUCUUGGAAACAAUAAGCUCGCCUUGGGUAGUGAUGCGUCUUUCGACACCAAGGAAGGAGCAUUUACCAAAUGCAACUUUGGCGCAAGCUUCACAAAUACUGAUCUUAUUGCUGCCUUGUCACUGAAUGACAAGGGUGAUACGUUGAGUGCGUCAUACUACCAUAUAGUGAGCCCAUUGUCCAGCAGUGUUGUUGGCGCGGAGGUGACCCACAGCUUCUCAAGAAACGAGAACACCAUUACUGUUGGCACUCAGCAUCAGUUGGACCCAUUGACCACCGUGAAAGCACGAUUGAACAAUGUUGGUAAGGCAAAUGCUUUGAUACAACACGAAUAGCGUCCGAAGUCGCUUGUCACCAUCUCAACAGAAGUUGACACCAAGUCUAUUGACAAGAGCGCCAAAUUUGGGUUGGCCUUGGCCCUAAAGCCAUGAGGUUUGAACAUUGCUGCUUUUAGAAAUAAUUAGGUGGUUCCCUGAAUUUCAUUGGCCAAUACCUUUUCUCUCAUUUACCAGUUGCUAAACUAUUAUCAUUUCCUUGUCAUCUUUGAGCCUGAAUCUUGCGGUAGUUUCAUUUUACAUUUGAAGAUAUCAUUCGAAGUUUUCUAGUCUGGAA